ACGUCACACUUUCGGCACAAUCCUGUCUCCUCCGGUACCCUCUAUUGUCUUCAUUGAUAUCUAGAUAUAGAUAUGAUACAUCUGUUAGUACUCAGUCACAGCAAGUAUCAGAACAAGACGAUGAAAACCAGUUUGAUGGUGAUCUGUGCAUUGUGGACCCUUGUCUUCAUUUCCAUGAAAGAUCGUGUGGCUGGGGAGGAAUGCUAUAGCUGUGCUACCUACAUGUUUGAAACAGACAACAAACUGGGAAGCACCGCAAUUAGAAAUGCCCUGGCACAACUUCCCACAGACGAAGAUUGUGAGGCGGGCCGAAUCGCCAAUCUUGGCAAAACAUCUUGUAGCAGAGGCUGUGAGAAGGCUAAUGUGACGAUGCAUUUUUAUGUUCAGUAUUUGGACGACCACAAAGUUCCGAUAAGAACAGUGUCACGUGGUUGCGCCAGUGCCGGAAGUUCAGUUUUAAUCAGUGACAACGGCUGCCGCCCGCCGGCGGGUGAAGACGACCUGUCUGUAGGAGCGGAGGCAGUCUUCAAAAUUCUAGAGUCCUUUGGGGCGCCUCAGAUGUUUCGCCCGACUGGAGAGAUAUGCAAGUGUCGUGGAAACCUCUGCAACAGCUCAACGUCAUUGUUUGCCUGUGGAAUAUUACUGGCAAGCUGUCUUUUCUUGAUUGCAGCUGUAAAGAGCGUCCUUUAG